AUGGCGACCUCGCACAUAAUUGAAUAUAGCAAGAGCAGUCGCGCGGCGUGCUAUGGCGCGCCUCCCUGCAAGGGAUCGCUCAUCGAGCUAGGAGUGCUUAGAUACGGCCAAACGACUUUCGGUCCAUACGGAGAAUCCGUGCGGUGGAGGCAUUGGGGGUGCGCAACGCCAGAGAUACUGGGACAACUGGCGACUGUGAAGUUGGAACGCGUUCCUGGGUUCAAAAAUUUGCGUCCCGAAGACCAAGCCAAGAUCCGUAUCGCCGUCGGCCUUCGUCGUGUCGCUCCUGAUGACAUACCGGAUACGGCUAAAGUGCAACUAACACAACCAUCUGCUAGUUCUGCAAUGUCUUCGGGGAGUCAAAAUAAGCGCAAAGCUGUUACUCCCAUGUCGACGCCAGUAAGCCCCAGAGGCCCCACUCCUUCCUCAUCCAAAGGCUCUCGCCUGCUUUCACAGCUGGCAGCCUCCCAGAAUAAUGAGGAAGAGGAAAACGAUGACGUCAUAGAAAUCGAGGACAACAAAGACGAGCUAUAUUGUAUGCUAAGAACCAACGUGGUGGGGAUCCAGUAUUACAAAGGUUUGGUUGGACCUGGUGAAGAAGUCCGCUUGCUCAGGCAGCCGAAUAAUCAGUUCGACAGAAAUGCAAUCCAAGUACAAAAUAUUGGGUCUCAACAGGUUGGACAUGUCCCGAGAAAUGUUGCGACAAAGCUCGCGCCCCUCAUUGACAAGAAUAUUGUUAGUGUCGAGGGCAUCAUGCACGAGGGAAAUCUAACCGGUCGCGCUUACUCCCUUUCCAUGACCGUCAAGAUAUAUGGCGCAUCUGACAAGAGAUCUCAGCUUGAGCCGCUUCUCAUUUGGGCGACUCCAGGCCAGCGAGGCUUUCCGCCCCGUGGACCCAACGCUCAAGUCCCUGGGGCGCCUCCAUCUCGAGUUGUGCCACCGCGACCUCUACCGGCCUCUCAACAUGGGGCGUCGACAUCUACUGCUGCAUACCCCCUAGCGAGCCAAACGCCAACCGGAAUGUCUGCGGUACAAAUUGCCGCUCGACAGGAAGCAUUGCGCAAGCAGCAGGAAGCGAUGCAGAAAGCACAGGAUUUAAAACAGACUCUCAACAAUUUGGAGAGGGUCGAUGAUGAGGGGCGACGGAGCUCUUUGCUGGACACCUUAUGCUCUGUGGACGAUGUCUUAGGUUUGCCAUUGCAUCCAAGUCCUCCAGGGAAACAAAGUGGGGAACUAAAGGUUGACUUGUUGAAGCAUCAGAGUCAAGCUUUGCAGUGGUGUAUUGAGCACGAGUACCCUGUCUUGCCGAAGAAGGAGGAUGAGAAGCCAGUACAGUUUUGGCAAAUCCGGAAGGCUGGGGGCAAGUCAUUUUACUUCAAUUUGGCAACGAAGACACCUCAAGAAGUAGCUCCUACGCUUGGAAGAGGUGCACUAUGUGCCGACAGCAUGGGAUUGGUAAUUGUACCACUUUCAGUUCUCUCCAAUUGGGAGAAACAGAUCGCGGAUCAUGUGCAAGAAGGCGCACUCACGUCCUGUGUUUACUACGGAGCUACACGAUCGAUGAGUCCAGAAGAAUUGAAGAAGUAUGACGUUAUCAUCACGACUUAUCAAACCGUCACCAAAGAGCACGGUGAUUCUUUUGUCACGAAGACUGAGGUUGAGGGCCCUAGCCAGAAGCGAAGCAAGAAGAGCGAGAAUGGCUUGUUCGAUGUCGCUUGGAAGAGAAUAAUCCUCGAUGAAGGGCACAGUAUUCGAAAUUUACGAACGAAGAUGGCAAAAGCUGUGUGUGCCCUAACUGCGCAACGCCGUUGGGUGCUAUCAGGAACGCCGAUUGUCAAUUCUCCAAAGGAUCUGGGCUCCAUUCUUACAUUCCUGAGAAUCUGCCGGCCUCUGGACAACGAGGAUUUCUUCAAGCGUAUGUUGCUGCGCCCUUUGAAAGACGGCGACCCCAGCGGCGGAGAGUUGCUUAGGGCGUUGAUGAGUCAUGUCUGCAUUCGUCGAACAAAGGAGAUGCAAGACAGCGAAGGAAAUCAUCUAGUUCCGCUUCCACCGGUCGAUAUCACCGUCGUACCGGUGACACUAACAGACGAGGCAAGAGAACUGUAUGAUACCGUUGAAGAAGUGGCCAAGCAACGAAUUGAUAAUCUGGUUCAGCGUCAUGGAGGCAUACAUGCAGCCGCAGUACAUUCCAAUGUCCUGGCAAUGUUGACUCGGAUGCGGCAGUUGGCACUACAUCCAGGCCUCGUUCCUGCGGAUUACAUAGAACAGCUCCGCAACGCGGAUCGAGCUGAGAACGAGCCUGUUUCGUUACAUAUCACGCCGGAGGAUAAAAUACGACUUCAAGGUAUUCUCGCCAAAGGUAUCGAGGACAAUGAAGAGUGUCCGAUUUGUUUCGACAUCAUGGACAGUCCCAGGAUAACUGGCUGUGCACACAUGUUCUGCCUUAGUUGCAUCUCUGAGGUGAUCACACGCGAUGCGAAAUGUCCUAUGGACCGUCGUCCACUGGGAAUAGGCGACCUUGUAGAACCUCCUCCACCGACAGAGCUAACACAAGCACCUGUUCGUGAUCAAGAAGACGAGGAUGACAACGAUCGGCUUCGAUCUGGUUCUUCUGCUAAGAUCGACCAGCUAGUUCAUCUUCUGAAGCUCUCUCCUGACACCGAGAAAUCACUUGUAUUCUCUCAGUUCACAUCCUUUUUGGAUAAGAUUGCGGAAACUUUGGAGAAAGAAAGCAUCCCGUACGUCCGCUUCGACGGGCAAAUGUCUGCCCGGAGGCGUCAAGAGACUAUCGCACGCUUCUCGGUGUCGUUAACGGGAUCAUCAUCCGAGUUAGAGGAGGCACAGGAAGCAUCUGUGCGUUCAACUCGUCGGCGUAAUCGAACCAGCAGCGCUGUCAUAGAUGAUGACGCCGUCGAUGCUCGCGAUGAUCCUGACUUCGCCUUGCCCGCCUGCGAUGAUAGCGACUUUAUCGAUGACGGGCACGAUACGGAUGCCCAGAAGAAAACAAAGAGUAAAGGUAAAGGCCGGAAGAAAACACGAAUUAGCACAGCCCCCCCUUCAGUCUCAAAGUACCUUGAUGGUUCUGCAUUUGGCAGCGAGGUCAAUCCCAAAGUGAUGCUCAUCUCGCUCAAGGCAGGAGCUCUUGGUUUGAAUUUGACAGUCGCUAAUAAUGUUUACUUGAUGGAUCCCUGGUGGCAAGAAGGUAUUGAGUCUCAAGCCAUAGACAGAUGUAACCGGCACGUCGUCAUUGGACAGACGAAACCCGUACACGUUUAUCAACUCAUUGCUGAAAACACUGUCGAGGCCAAAGUCAUCGAGAUCCAAGAGAAGAAGAAAAAGCUCAUAGAUCAGGCUUUCUCUGGUAUCAAAAGCAAGGAAACACAACGCCAGAAGCGAGAGGCAAGACUACAAGAGUUGAUCGCAUUGUUCGGUGAUCGGCAUGGGUCCGCGGGAGAGGAAGGUAGUGCGCGCAAUGAAAGGCGUACGCUAGACGAAUGGCGUGUGUGA